AUGACUCAGACCGUCGACACCUUGUCCAAUGCUAGAUCAGACCACCUCAAGUUGGCAACAGAUCUGAACUACGAACUCUCUUCACAGUCCCGCAUUCUGACCGCGCUGAGAAAUCCAAUAAACCACAUUGCUAAGGAGCAAGGAAAUCUUAUGGCAGAGCAGUCUCGCCUCACUACCGCGGCCACAACCCAAAGUUAUCAUAUACGGGCUCUAACAACAAAAGCUGACGAAAUUCUGGAGACCAACAUUGCGUGCGACCUUCGAUUACGUGAUCAAACGGCAAUUCUGAAAGACGUUCGGGAAACCUACGCCAACAUUGAUGUUCGGAACCAGGAAAGCAUCAAAAUGGUGACAGCCAUUCAUCAAGACACCACCGAAAUCAAAGCAGCGAUUCCGUCUUUCCUCGGCCGAGCUCUAGAUCUCAUGGAAGAUGUGAUGAUAGGUAUCUCGAAAUUGCAAGACAUCACCAUCUUAAUGCGUCGAAUGUUCACUCUGACGCAGAAGUUCACUGUCGAGAUGAGAGAUACCAUGUCAAAAUUGCUCCACGCCUUCGCUCUGAUCCAGGAGCAGCUCGCCCGACUAGAAGGAUUUAUGCACCGACGAAUAUGCCCACCAACAGUGAUAUUUCGCGACGCUUUCAACAACAUGAGAGCUUUCCCGUACGAUCUAUCGCGAGAAUGGCAGACAUUUCGGCAAUUAGUAACAGUUGCUUUCACUGGUCGGCAAGGGCUACAUCGUGUUAACAUGGGCCAAUUUUUCGUCACAAACGCUCGCAUAGGCCGCCGAUUGAAUCCUGGCUUCUGGAGCCAAGCUAUCGAACCAGGGGAUGAAUUAUCAAUGACAAUGAUUCUGGACGAUAUCGAAGCCGAGGAGGGCUUCUGUCCGUAUAAGUCUUGCAGCGCUUCUACCGCAGGUAUUCCAUCAAUUGGGGGCGGGAAGAUCUGUCCAAACUGCAGUCGCUUUGCUGCUAUUUCGCAAAAGAAAAAACACUCUUCACGAUUUCGCCAACAUAGCCCGCUCGAAUCCAGCAAUGAGCCAUUCGCCUUGAAUUCAGGGUCAGAGCCCAUUCCAGUGAGAGCUGACAACUUGGGACAGGCCCGAGUAGCACUUCCAUUGCCGCCUCCUCUUCCUCUAGCUGAUUUCUAUGAAGACGAGGACAUUGAACUGUAUUAUUCGAUUCAAGUUGCGCAAAGGAUGUUGAUUGAUGAAUACGAGGCAGCCUUAAAGGCCAAAUCAAGACCUUCACAGAGCUUAGGAAGUGAAGUACAGUCUACUGGUCCCAGCGACAAAUCGGAUAUUCAGAUCUUCGUACAGAAUCUUGUUGGGAAAUCGUGGGCGUUAAAUGUCAAUCCCUGCGACCUAGUUGAUCAAGUGAAGUCCGAGAUCAGGAAGAGGGAAGGCGUUCCUAGAGAUGAACAACGUCUGAUAUUUGCUGGCAAACAGCUAGAGGAUGGACGUACCCUUGCAGACUACAACAUUCAAAAACACAACACGCUUCAUUUGGUCCUGAGAUUGCGCAGCCAAAAGAGAAAACGUUUGUCUACCCGUUCGGAAUAUGUUGAAGAUUCAGGUACACAGAUCGGUGAUAGCAUGACAAUCUUCGUCAAAACACUGACUGGAAAGAACAUUGAGCUUAAUGUUCGAAAUGACAACAAUGUGGCUGAAAUCAAGGAUCAAAUCCGGGACAAGGAAAAAAUCCCCGGCGAUAAGCUGCAGCAUCUGAUAUUUGCGGGGUGGGAGCUGGAAGACGAUGUGGAGAUCUUUGCAUACAACGUCCAGAGAGAAGAUAUCCUGCACCUGGACUUGAGAAAUAAGUCUGGUCCUCGCGACACUCAUGCCUAG